UUGUAUUAUAAGUAUAACGGUAUAUAGAACUCGAGCAACGCGAGCAACCACUGGCAAAUGAACUCUUAACCUCAAAUAACUCAUUCGAUAAAUCGUUCGGCAACAAUGGAAAUAUGAAGAAUAGUCGUGAUAAACUUAUGUGGUAGAAGGAAUCCCCUGGUAUAUGGAUUAUCGGACGUAACUAACGGCGUACUCAAAGUUGAUAAGGAAAGAUGGGCCACGGAUCAAGUCGUUCAGCUUCCUCAGCGAAUAUUCUCUCAGCUGAGGAGCUGACCCUCGUGGAGAACCUAUUCAAGUCAAUGUCUCGUAGCUCAGGUUCAAUAAAACGUGAGGAUAUAUUCAAGCACUGGUCAACACACCUCGACGAAGGACUUCUUCAAUUUGUUGUGCGUUUUCUCUGCUACGAGCCUGGAAAAAAAGUUUCUGCGAUAAACGGUGAAAAUUUUGGCAAACUUUACGUUUACGCGGUGAGAGGAAGCCCCGAAGAGCGCACAAAUUUAGUAUUCCACGGAUACUGCGAUGAGGAACAAAAACUUGAGAUGCCAACAGCGACAUUUUUGGAGUACCUUCAAGCAACGAUCAACUCGUAUCUAAGAUUGCAAAAGAAUUGUGGCAAUGGUCAUUACAACAGCUGGAGCAGUAUCGGUUGUACGGUAAAUACUCGAAGAAUACAAAUGCGAUCAAAAUCCCUCUGCGAGGAGUUAAUAAAAUACGGUGAUGUAUUAACUUACGAGCAAAUUGAAAAUUGGUACAAUCAGUCAGCGGCUUUUAAAGCCAUUCAAUCACACGUAUUUCAGUGCCUCUUUUUAAUAUCACAGAAAAAAGGUGACAAAAAUACAAGUGCACGCAUCAACGACCUAAAUCUUCUGCCAGUUUGCAAGGGUCUGGAAAAUAUACCCCAUUUUCCGAGUAUCCUUGGCCUUGGUGAUGUACUUUUCUUAAAUCUCAGUCUACCUCAUGAAUUAAGGAAUGAAUGGCGUUUUUUGUUUUCUAGUCAAGUUCACGGUGAAUCCUUUUCAACGAUGUUAGGACGUAUACAAAUGCAAGGAGCUACAAUAAUUAUAAUACAAGACACCGAUGACCAUGUUUUUGGUGCAUUCGCCAUUGACAGUUGGUCACUUAGUCCAAAUUUCGUGGGUAAUCAGUCGUGUUUUCUAUUCAAAUUAGAUCCACAAAUUCUCACAUUUCCAUCAAGUGGCUAUAACAAUCAUUAUCAGUAUUUGAAUCAACAUCAGCAGACGAUGCCAAAUGGUCUCUUGAUUGGAGGACAACUCAAUUAUCCUGGUUUGUGGUUAGAUUGUGACUAUGGAACGGGAAAAUCUAGUCCAUCUUGCACGACUUUUCUCAAUUACGUUCAAUUGAGUGGCAAGGAGAAUUUUACGAUUAAACACCUGGAGGUGUGGGGCGUGGGGUCUUUGCCAGAGAUUGAGGAGGGCACUAGAGACGCCAAAUCAGUCCUCGAUCAGGAUGUCACGUCUCGAGUGAUGCUGGAACUUGCAGGUCGAAAAAUGCACAGUGAUGGUCUCAGAGAGCCAAAAGAAGAAAACUAUAAAUAGAAUACGCCGCUCAUAUCAGCACAUCGAAAACUAAAAUUGAUAAAUCAUUAACUUUCUUCCUUCUUUCCGAACCCUUAUUCUUUUACGAAAAUUAAUCAAUCAAUGAACUCUACAACGGCCUGAUUUUCUAAACUCUUAUUAUCAAUAUCAUCUUCACCAUCUCUUUGUGAAUUUUGCACCGAUCAUGGACUUUGAUGUAAAGAAUAAUAAUAAUAAAGGUUAUAGAUGGAAAAGACAAAGGAACUCUUGUGAUGAAAAUAGUUCAGUAAUGGAGUAUUAAUAGGAGAUGAGCUUGAAACGAAUUCAGUGAUUGCCUGGCGAAUAUGUUGAGAAGGCGAACGUUUAGAGAAAUUUCAUGGAAAUAUUUUUUUUUAAAAGGAUCUGAUAUUUUCUCUAAAAGUUAGUCAUCCUUGAGAUAUUUGAUAUAUAGAUAUAUAUAUCUUCUUUCAGUUGAUUAUCCAGCUAUUUUGGUAAUUUUCAAUUUAGAGGAAGAAAAAAUUUUGAGAGUCAAGGUAGUUUUUUCACAAGGAAUUUCUUGAAUUAUGCAAAUGGGAUUUUUUGUCACUAGGCCGCAAGAAAUUUUUCUAGUGACUAUGGGCUAGGUAGGAUCUUUUUAUGCAACUGAAUGAUGAACACUGUCUUUUUAUGAUCUUUUCAUAGUUUCCAUUAAAUCUACCAGUUUCGGAGAUAUUUGUAAAAUCAUCUGUAGAAAAUGUUUCGACUUAUCCCCUUUAACUAGAGAAUACAUUCCUAUAAGCCCGAAGAGGACUGAAAGAACUCAUCGCUUGUUUCUUUAUUAAUGUUUGUUUUCAUUCAACUGGUUGAAAAAAUGAAAUUUAAAGCUGUUUGAAGAUGUAAAAAUAAAUGAAUGAAUAUG